GGCGUGGCCGCAGGCAGACGCACGCAAACAAUCGAAGAAUCCUGCACAUUCCUUACUGGAAUAAGAAUAAGAUUUAAAUGUCUUUACAUGGCAGUAGGAGGAACGAGUCAUGUCGCUUAGAAGAUCUUUAACUGCGCGUUGCUUCGACCGUGCGUUUAAUGCAAAAUAAUGCAAUAAUUCGAUUAGCGCUUUCCUCUGAGAAAAAAAAAUCUGGGACUAUUGUUACAUCGCACGAUUACUUUUUGCUCAAGUUAAGAUGGAUUCGCCCAAGGAAUCACCUCCUUCUGCAACGAUCUGAAUGCAAACGAGCAAACGCGAACGAUCUCUUAUUGGUAUGAGAUGUUGUUAGCCUCGGCCGUGGUCGUCUGGGAAUGGCUGAACGAGCACGGGCGCUGGCGACCCUACAGCCCGGCGGUGUCCCAUCACAUCGAGGCGGUGAUCCGCAGCGACCCUCGCGGCGCCGGGAGCGUGGUGCUGGGCCAGGUCGACUCGCGUCUAUCCCCGUACAUCAUUGACCUGCAGUCUAUGCACCAGUUUCGGCAAGAUACCGGUACACUAAGACCCGUGCGUCGAAGCUUCUAUGACCCGCGGUCGGCUCCGGGUCAGGGAUGGGUGUGGGAAUGGGAGAACGACUCGGGCUCGUGGACGCCGUACGACACCGAGGUCAGCAUUGCCAUCCAGGCGGCCCGGGACCGGCAGCAGCCCUGGCUGGACUUAACGCCGCUGGGCUUCUGCUACCUUAUAGACCUGCAGAGUAUGACGCAGAUCAACGGACAGACGCAACGGCGCCGGCGCAUCCAGAGGCGCUCGGACCUGGCCUACCCGCUCGUCUCCGGCCCGCUUCCCAAACCGCAUGCGUGGUCGUCCGCUGGAAGCGGCGGACUCCUGGGGGUGGGCGUAUCGGGGGUCAGCGGAGGGAACGGCAGUGCCUAUCCCAGCGGAGCUCUCCCAGCUUCUGCUAUUACUUCUCUGGGUCAGCCGUGUUCCUGCCAGCAGUGUAUGCUAGUCUUGGGCGUCAAGACCCCUAGCAUGGCACAAACUCUCGGGCGGAAGCCCCCACCCGUACCCAAGCCGCCGAGCCCAAAAGCGCCAUCGAGAGGACACUCGUACUCGCUUACCCUGCCUCACCCUCCAUCCCUGUCCCGAGUCCUCUCUCCGCAUAGGAACUCCACCUCGGGUGCUAGCGGAGGCUUCGGACACUCCCUCUCCCUGCUGGGCUCAGCCACUGCCGCCCUGUCCAUAUCCUCCAACCGUCCUCCUCCACCCGCUGUGCCGCCACCCCCGCCGCCUUCAGCCAUACCCCACACGACCUCGGCGCCCAACCCUACCGCACCUGCACCCUCCAGCGCCCUUAUAUCUACAGCGACCACCUGCGCUCCCACGCCCUCUGCUCGCGUCCUGGGCCCCGUGUCGACGGCUUCGGCCGCUUGUGCCGCCCCGGUGCCGCCUCGCAGCAGUCUGGCUGGCCUUAGCCGCCCCGCCCUGCAGAGAAUCGCCAUGGCACAGUCACGGGCGCUCAUUGCAUCAGGAGUCCCCACCGUCCCUGUGAAGAACUUAAAUGGAUCCAGUCCUGUCCAUCCAGCUUUGGCAGGUAUCACUGGGAUACUAAUGAGUGCCGCUGGACUCCCGGUCUGCUUGACCCGCCCACCCAAGCUUGUGCUCCACCCCCCACCUGUCAGCAAGAGCGACAUCAAACCUGUGCCAGGCCUCGGCCACUGCUGCCGGAAAACUACAAAGAAGCAGGCCCGCAAAGGUAGAACUUCAGAAGAAGUUGUUAGAAGAUAUCUCCAGAAAGUCCGCAACCCACCUGAGGAGGAUUGUACUAUCUGUAUGGAGUCUCUCUGUGGUCCAUCUGGCUAUAAAGGCCCAGGUGUUGGUGGCAUUUCUCGAGCGGAGUCAGUGGGUCGUCUGUCUCAGUGUGGGCAUCAGUACCACCUGCAGUGCCUGGUGGCCAUGUACAACAACGGCAACAAAGACGGCAGCCUUCAGUGUCCCACCUGCAAGACCAUCUACGGUGUUAAAACCGGCAACCAGCCACCAGGAAAGAUGGAAUACCACGUCAUUCCUCACUCCCUUCCUGGACACCCUGACUGCAAAACCAUCCGGAUAAUCUACAACAUACCCCCUGGCAUUCAGGGUCCAGAGCAUCCCAACCCCGGGAAGCCUUUCACAGCCCGUGGAUUUCCAAGACACUGCUACCUCCCUGACAGUGACAAAGGCCGCCUGGUGUUGAAGCUGUUGCUGGUUGCUUGGGACCGCCGGCUGAUCUUCUCAGUGGGUACGUCCAGCACCACGGGCGAGACGGAUACGGUCAUUUGGAACGAGGUGCAUCACAAGACCGAGUUUGGCUCCAACCUGACCGGCCACGGUUACCCGGACUCCGGUCACCUUGACAACGUCUUGGAAGAGCUGAGGGCACAAGGCAUCACCGAGGAAGAGUGUCUGAGGGACUGAAAAUUCAAGUCGGACAACAAAGACUGAAUGUUUUUUGUGUUAGUGUUGCCAAAUCUGAAUUCAAUUCCCAGCUCUUGUUUCUCAGAAUACCUGAGACACUUUCGAAAAACAAAAAAAACACAAAGUUGAAAGGUUUCUAAGUCAUCAUCGCUCCAUUUUUUUUUUUCAGUGAUAUUAGCCCUCCUACUGCUAAAGAAAUUGUUCGAGCCUGUCGGGAGUGGGACGGCCAGCUGCAAGAGCUGUAAUCUACAAACAACGUUGCACUGUGCGUGAUAUUGUGGUGGAGCUGUGGUCUUUUUUUGAAAAUUCCUGUUAGCGUGCUCCCCACAGAAACUAGUUUUGGUACGGUGCGAUUUUGUGGCUAGUGGGCUGCAGACGUAGAAGAAAAACCGAACUGCCGGUGUCUGUUCAACCAUUUAAUGUAUUGUAGUUCUGUGAAGGGUACGCGAAACAAAGGUACUUCUGUGCAUGUAGUUGUAUCAUUCGGCGCAGAGGCGAUAACGUCUCGGUGUAACCGAGGCUGCCACUUGUUGCUAACUUUGAUGCUCCAGUUGCAGUUUUAGAUGCUGGAACGUGAAUGUUUACUGCCUCAUAGUGGCACUUGUUAACAUAUACAUUCCAGUAAUAACCACGGUAUUUAUUUGACGACAUAGUUUUUUCGAAAUGUUUGCAGUAUUUACAUUAACCACUUAUAUUUGUACUUAUUUUAUUGUAUCUUACAUUAUUUUAUAAUGUCGAAAUGAGAAACCUGCAUUGUCAUUGAUUUUUGGGAUGGAAACCAAUCUCUGUCCGUGGACUGAAAGAGACAUUCGGUGCAAACUGCUUCGUUGAUCAGUAUUAAAGAAAUGUCGAGCCAAGGUGAGAUUGGCGGUCAGUGGAUGGACGACGCACAAAUUUAGUGAAAACUCAUUUCUUUGCGAUUGGAUUGGCUGUCGGAGAGCGAAGAAUUACAAACAGGGCCCGUGCGCGAACUGAGCCUAGCUCAGUUGUAGUGUGGGUUUUUUAUCAUCGGUUUAGAUUCUCCAACGUUGAAGGUGUGGGCCUUUUAAGUGGUUACGAAGAGCAACUAACCUACCCUGUUAAGUCCGUUGAAGUUGUAUCCUGUGGACAAACUAUCUCCGGUUGCCUUUCUGGUCGGUUCUCGGUAGGUCUGUAGUGGACCUGUUUACAAAGCUGUUGACGAAACGACUGCAUGUAUGUACAUGCAAAUGUGUAAGCUUACAUUUAUAGUUGAUGUGCUGUAUGUAUGUGUUUUAUGUACACAAUUCUUUUCCCCCUGCAUCCAGAAGCAUGUUGUGGAAGUAAAUGAGUAUUUCUUUUUCUUGUAUCAUUUUUUUAUAAUAUACUUUUAAUUGAUUUAACUUUUUCUUAUAAGCUAUUAGUUUUUUGUUUUUUUUUCCACUGUGAAGUUUUUAAUUUCUUUUAUUGCACUUGUAUGAUUUGAUUUAUUGUCCAGCCAAGUUCCUCAUGAUAGUUGCUAUGGAGACAACAGUGAAAAUGGCACCGCUGCCAGGAUGAAAACUGUGAAGACAGAGAACGGAGCUAGGAGAACUAAUGUUGCUGUAUAAUAUAAAAUGUACAAAACAACUCUUGCAUAUUACAUAGCUGCUGGAAUACUGAAUAAAUAUUAAAGGCACUCAAAAAAAAAA